UGAUAAUUUUGUUGAUAUGCCACUGGAGUUUCUCCUUUCGGGAUUUAGUUAAAUUUGCUCAUUGUUUCUCCUUUUCCUGACUUUUUGGCUACACGUUAAGAUUACGCAGAGUGUUCUGCAUGACGGGCUGAUGGAAAACGCAAGGGAUCUGGCGGAGCAUGGCGCCCGUUCGGAGCGUAAGCGACGGGACUCGUUCGGGAUGUUUGACGGCUACGACAGCUGCAGCGAGGACUCCAGCAGCAGCUCGAGCUCGGAGGAGAGUGACGAGGAGGUGCCUCCGCUCCCCGCCAAUCUGCCCAUCAUCAAGACCAAUGGCCAGGUCUACACCUACCCAGAUGGCAAGGCUGGCAUGGCUACGUGUGAGAUGUGUGGGAUGGUGGGGGUGCGGGACGCCUUCUACUCCAAAACCAAACGCUUUUGCAGCGUCUCCUGCUCGAGAAGUUACUCCUCCAACUCCAAGAAAGCCAGCAUACUGGCCCGGCUUCAGGGUAAACCACCUACAAAGAAGGCCAAAGUGUUGCAGAAGCAACCGCUCAUGGCUAAGCUAGCCGCGUACGCUCAGUACCAGGCUAACCAGCAGAGCCAGGUGAAGAAAACAGGUGAGCUGAGCCGAAACACAGCAGUCCCAGUGGAGGGGUUUGACUGGGGACGAUACAUCGGCAGUGGGGACAUGGUCGGAGCUCCCGUGAGCUGCUUCAAACACGUUCCCAUGGGAACGUCUUGGGGUGACAUCACUGACGGAGUGCGCGUAGAGGUGCCCAACUCCGACAGCAGCUUGCCCAUGAAGGUCUACUGGAUAGCCAGCGUUAUCAAGCUAGCAGGCUUCAAAGCCCUGCUCCGCUACGAGGGCUUCGACGGAGACUCUGGGCAGGACUUCUGGUGCAACGUGUGCGUGCCCGACAUCCACCCCGUCGGCUGGUGCGCGUCUAUGGGCAAACCCCUCGUCCCGCCUGAAUCCAUUCAGCACAAGGUGAGCAACUGGAAGGCUUUCCUGGUGAAGCGUCUCACUGGGGCCAAGACGCUCCCUCCAGACUUCGCCUCCAAGGUGCAGGAGAGCAUGCAGUUCCCCUUUAAGAAGCUGAUGCGCGUGGAGGUGGUGGACAAGACUCACCUGUGCCGGACGCGCGUGGCACUGGUGGAGCAGGUGAUCGGCGGCCGGCUGCGGCUCGUCUACGAGGAGAGCGAGGACGGCUCCGACGACUUCUGGUGCCACAUGCAAAGUCCCCUCAUCCACUCCAUCGGCUGGUCCAGAAGCAUCGGACACCGCUUCAAGAGAUCAGACGUGUCCAAGAGACUGGAGGGCCAGGUGGACGCUGCAGGGCAGCUAUUUGUGAAGGUGAAGGAUGUGGACCAGAGUGGGGAAUGGUUCAAGGACGGCAUGAAGCUGGAGGCCAUCGACCCCCUCAAUCUCUCGGCCAUUUGUGUCGCCACCGUACGCAAGGUGCUGGCGGACGGUUACCUCAUGAUUGGGAUCGAUGGCUCUGAAGCGGCAGACGGCUCUGAUUGGUUCUGCUACCACUCCACCUCGCCGUCCAUCUUCCCGGCCGGCUUCUGCGAGAUCAACUCCAUCGAGCUCACCCCUCCCCGAGGGUACACAAAGCUCCCUUUCAAAUGGUUUGACUACCUCAGGGAAACUGGAUCAGUGGCCGCUCCAGUGAAGCUCUUCAACAAGGAGGUUCCGAACCACGGCUUCCGCUCGGGCAUGAAGCUGGAGGCCGUGGACCUGAUGGAGCCGCGCCUGGUGUGCGUCGCCACGGUGACGCGCAUCGUCCACCGGCUGCUGCGCAUCCACUUCGACGGCUGGGAGGACGAGUACGACCAGUGGGUGGACUGCGAGUCGCCGGACCUCUACCCCGUGGGCUGGUGCCAGCUGACCGGCUACCAGCUGCAGCCGCCCGCCGCGCAGGGUGAGGCCCGCACGCCCACAACAAAAACAAAAACAACAACAACAAACCGCACUCAACAAACAUCACUAAAAAAGCGCACAAUACUAACAACAGCCUCUAGAGAGCGUCCUCCAAGUGUGACCAAACAAAAGAAGAAAUCGCAGCAGUACAAAGGCCAGAAGAAAAAGCGUAAGAUCCCCAUUGGUAAGCGUCCAGUGAGUCUGACGGGCAUCGCCCUGACCGGGGUCCCGCCACGGAGCCUCUCAGGGGACGAGAACAUGACCCCCCCGGAUUACCCCUCGCCCCCGACACCGCCCAGCGCGUCCGAGGCCGUGCACACUGUGAGCUCCUCCGCAGGCCCAGAGCUCAGCCCUGCCCGCAAAGCAGGGGUGGCGCUGCAGGUGAAAGAGGAGUCGGUGGAGCCUGACGAGUUCACCUUCCCACAGGCUGUUACUGAGCACCCGAGCCCCGCGCCUGGACUCUACAUCAAACAGGAGCCCUGACCACCACCACCGCCGCCGCCAUCACCACCACCACCACCACAGCUGACGGAGACCAGGGGGGGGCGCGCUACAGCGGAGCAGAACAGCCUAUCUCUCUCUAUCUCUCUCUCACACUCACACACACACACACACACACUCUUUUCACACUGCUGACAGCUCACCAGUCCCUGGAGGACCCUGCAGGAGCGGAGUAGAGAGGGGAGGGGGGGGGGGACGGGGGCUCCACUCAGGCUCCCUCCUCCUCCUCCUCCUCCUCCUCCUCCUCCUCCUCCUCCUCCUCCUCUUCGCACAGCUGCGUCAGGACUCCUGUUCCUGCUCCUGCUCCUGAUCAGUCAUGCGGAGCGCAGCACCUCUGCUCUGGCCGCGCAGAUGAG